CCGCCAUCUCAUGCGUUCCCGCCACUCUUACCAGUGGCAAUGAAAGCUCGUGCCGCCGCCCUCCGCGUCGAGCUCUGAGGCGCACUCGUCUACUUCAACCGAGGCGACUCACUACUCACUCUCAAAAGCUCAAUCUACCGCAGAACGUUGAUGUCAGACUCUUUUCUCCAGCACCUCAUCUGAUCGCUGUAACAUUAGCAUCCCAUCCUUUCCCCGCUCCACCGCACUUUCAAGCACAAUGCUCUACACAAAUGCGCAAACAGUUCUCCUCGCCGCCCUUGUCGGACAGAGCUUGGCACUUCGAUUGCCCAACUAUGGUCACCAGAGCCAAAAUAUGCCAAGUCUGCGUUGGCGAACGAGCACACGUCCUAAUUUUGCAGCCACUGAUCGCGCAAGUCCAAACCUCCGUCGGGCUCUUUCUGGAGAGAGCUCCUGGUUGGAAGAAGCAGCAGAACACGCGACAAGCGCGUCGACCUCAAGUGGUGGGAACGUAGACAAGCAGCUGAAGAAGCCAAUUGGACACAGGGCCCACAUCCACAAGAUAACCAAGACGGACAAAGUAUUCAUGGACACUGAGCUCAAAGCACCCUUGAAGGAGCUCAACAAUGUCUAUGACAAUCCCCCUAGCCCUGUUGCGCCGGUCGCCAUCAGUUUUGGGCGCCACGGUAACGAGUCGGAGCGCGCCGCCUUGAUAGAGGCAAUCCAUCUUCACAAGAAACUCUUCGUCCCCGACAUGAAAGGCUUCAUCGUCGACAAGCCUUUCGGGCCUGCUGUUUCAGAGCCGGCUCUUCACGCCAUUGGCCGAGCGUACGAUCAAUAUCAUAGCAUCAUCGAAGGAGGCGGCACAACUUCAAGAGGAGAUAAUUUCGAGCAUCAUCACGUCUUCAUGGCUCCAGGCUCCUCUUACGUUCGUGAUAAUGGAUGGAAGGUCCACUCGCAAUUGCCAGAGGCGAGAGCGCGAACGAGAACAUCCAUCAACGACAAUCCGUUGGUGAGAGAGUCUCAGCGAGGGUGCAGACCAAGGAUAGACUUUGGUCAGGAGGCAGUCAAGCAUAUCGACAAUUUCUUCACCCCGCCUGGCCGGUGUCCACCGCGAGGACCCGACGGACGGUUUCGGCCGAAGCCAAAAUUGGACAACGCAACAGCAUUCAAGCAUCGCAAACCCGGUAGGCCUAACCUCAAGCGUCAGCGCCCACUUGCAAUCGCGACUCCCCGUCCGGCUCUACCCUCAAAAGGGACGGCACCUGAAUCUCAAGGCACGAACAAAGACCGGCGUGCAUCGGAAGCUGAAGCAAUUCACAAUGAUAGUGGACCGCAGAGUUUCGCUUCUGUCCAUGAUGGCAGACCGCGCGGUGCCGCUUCUUCUGCCACGCGCGAAACCGCUCAGCCCGAUUCUCCAUCGGACGGGUUGAACCUGAACCAUUCAUCUCCGCACCCCUCGCGGACUGGUACUCCAGACACCAACCACGUGUCCCCCAAAGCUAGCUCUUCUGUGACACAACGCAUUCGCCAUCCCGAUUCUCCGUCAAAUUGGCUCGACUUAGACGAUUGGCCAGAUGAGGCCGCGCAUCGCAGUAAUCACUAGUGGAACUCUCGCACGACUCGGAGCACUGAUGCGACCUGCAAAUCACCUUUCUACAUCCAAAAUACACAAAGCGACGUGCAGACUUCAAGGAUGCUCGAACCUUUUCGAGAAAGUGUGUGUGAGACAUGCGUGUCUCUGAGCUGAAGCAUGGGGCGGAAAUUUGGCGAGCAGCCCAGGCUUGCCUCUGUCCCAAUCGCUCGCCACGCUUUCCUCUGAUUCAAAAUUUGGGGACACACGUGAGCCGAUUCACACCCGCACUUCCUCAAAGCACGCUCUGGUGGCAAAGAUUGAUUGCUUGCGCUACUCUACGCAAGUGGCGUUACGUCAAGUUUCCCUCACUUGGCAAGCGGUAGCAAUCUCGCAUGAGCUCAACAAGACGGUGUUGCCAUUGAAUUGGGCGCGCAGG